AUGAUUUUUAGUUAUUUUGUUUUCGCGCUGUUAUUGUUUUCCAAAGCCUUGGCUACUGUACUCUCGGGCAAUCAAGUGCUGUACAGUAGCACCUGGAUGGGUGAUGCCCUUGACAUCACCAGUGGUUCGAAUGUAAAAUUUUCAAAUGGUGCUUGGCAUUUUUUCUUCAACGAUAUCACAAAUGAUGGUACGUUUUACACCUGUCGUGACCCCUGGGAUCUGCUUGGGCUUGGUAUGACGUUCAGUGUAAAUGGAGGUGAUUUCAUUAAUCGAGGUAAAAUGAUGAUUGACGAUACCAAUUCGAACGUUGGGUUUUAUACUGUGCUGAAUCCUAGCAGGUUUAUGAACUAUGGGUCGCUAUACAUUGCGGGCCACGUCGGCAUCCUUGGUUUUGCGCAACCAAGCCUGCAAAUCAAUUCAAGGACCAUCUAUAAUGGGGGGCUGUUGUUCAUUACACUUGCUGGUGCAACGGAUGCAAAAAUACCGUUCACUUUAGGUACGACUGCAACAACUUUUCAAAAUUAUGGUACCAUUUGUGCCUCUUACUAUACCCUUCAAUUUGGCACUCAGAUUUCUGGUACAGGGUGUGUUGUCGCAUCAACUGCCUCAAAGAUUACAAUUCCUUAUGCGACGGACAAUCAAGUGUUUCGGUUCGAUGACAGUUCUGCUACUCUGACCUUGGGUGAUUACUUUUCAAAUACCAUAAUACUUUCCAAUUUUGGUUCCGGAAAUACUAUUAUUUUCCCAAACUCUAUUAAUGCUGUCGCGUACAAUACUACCACAGGUAUUCUAACUGUGACAAGGUCUGGGUUCCUAAUACCAACACAAAUACAGAAGUUUUCUGUUGGUUUAGGAUACACUGCUUCUAAAUUCCAAUUGGUUAGUGCUGGGGCGGGGCUUUUCCAAAAUCAAGGUGUUCAGUACGCAGGUACUCCUCCCGCAAUUCCAAGACCUGCUCAAUGUAUGGAAUGUGGUACUAAACCCGCUUGUACUUUUGUCACCUCGUUAAUUAGUACAACCAACACGUUCACACAUUCCGAAUUAACAUCUGUACUCACAUCGUCGACUGAAAUAAUCAGCAGCACUAUCUCUUCUGUGAUUUCUACUAGCUCUUCAAAGCCUUUAAUUCCUCCAAUUUCUUCGAUUUCUUCGAUUUCUUCGAUUUCUUCGAUUUCUCGCUAUUUCAACUCUUCUUCUGUCAUGUCAAGUGUGGUAUCUUCAGGACAAUCAAAGAUUGCCUCCAGUGUCGCUUCUUCUCGAAGCAUUAGUGUCACUUCGUUGAGUGCUUCCAGAGGUAGUUCUUUAAGUGCUUCUGAAAUUAGCUCGUUGAGUGCUUCCAGAAUCAGUUCGUUGAGUGCUUCCAGAGGUAGUUCUUUGAGUGCUUCUGAAAUUAGCUCGUUGAGUGCUUCUGAAAUUAGCUCGUUGAGUGCUUCCAGAGGUAGUUCGUUGAGUGCUUCCAGAGGUAGUUCUUUGAGUGCUUCUGAAAUUAGUUCGUUGAGUGCUUCCAAAAUCAGUUCUUUGAGCUCUUUGUCGUCAACUUCAAGUGUCAGCAGCAAAAGUGAGAUGUCCAGUGUGAGUUUAUCCAAAUCAUCCUCAUCAGCGCUCUCAUUUGCAAGUGGAGCGUCAGCGUCUUCCGGGUCUUCUUAUGCUUUGGUUACUUCAGGUUUUUCUGAGUCGUCCGGUUCAUCAAGGUCAGCAUCGUCACUUGAAUUAUCGAGUUCUGAUUCCGGAUACCCUUCGUAUAGUACGAACAGUGCCAAAUCGACAAAAUCCACUGGAAGUGUCGAGGCUAGCUCUAUUACUGGGUCAAGCACUGAAAUCUCCCGUGAUAUCUCUGGUGGGUUAACUUCAGAAUCUGGUUAUUCAACGGCGAAGCAUAGUGGCAGCCAAGAUGAAUCUCUUGUUAGAAAGUCAUCAACAGAAGUAAGCUUUACUUCACAAACGGCGGCCCCUUCAUCUCGUGUGUUUCUGAAUUCCACACGCAGUGGAGCGUCCUUCGAAAAUUCUGUAUCCCAGUCAACUGAAACCACUGUUACUUCAGGCAUCUCAGCAUCCAAAACAGGUAUCACAUCAGAUAUAUCUGAUUCUAGUCCCGUCACUAUAUUGAGUUCCUUAACAAGCAGAGUGACUCCAUCCAGUGGUGCCGAUGCUGGUGACGGGACCAGAACGGUCACCACGAGCGGGUCUACCUACACCGAGGUUGUGUCGCACAUCACUACUACGAACUCCAAGGGUGAUGUUGUGACGCAGUUGACUACGAGCAGAGUGACUCCAUCCAGCGAUUCCGGUGACAGGACCAGAACGGUCACCACGAGCGGGUCUACCUACACCGAGGUUGUGUCGCACAUCACGACGACGAACUCCAAGGGUGAUGUUGUGACGCAGUUGACUACGAGCAGAGUGACUCCUUCCAGCGCUUCCGGUGACGGGACCAGAACGGUCACCACGAGCGGGUCUACCUACACUGAGGUUGUGUCGCACAUCACGACGACGAACUCCAAGGGUGAUGUUGUGACGCAGUUGACUACGAGCAGAGUGACUCCAUCCAAUGGUGCCGAUGCUGGUGACAGGACCAGAACGGUCACCACGAGCGGGUCUACCUACACCGAGGUUGUGUCGCACAUCACGACGACGAACUCCAAGGGUGACGUUGUGACGCAGUUGACGACGAGCACGUUGACGCCUUCGAGCGGUGCUUCGAGCGCACAGAGUAGGGAAGACGCCGGGGACCGCACGAGAACCGUGACGACCGGCAGCCACACGUACACUGAGGUGAUCUCGCACGUCACGACGACGAACUCCAAGGGCGAGGUGAUCACGCAGUUGACGACGAGCACGUUGACGCCUUCGAGCGGUGCUUCGAGCGCACAGAGUAGGGAAGACGCCGGGGACCGCACGAGAACCGUGACGACCGGCAGCCACACGUACACUGAGGUAAUCUCUCACGUUACGACAACUAACUCCAAGGGAGAGGUGGUGACGCAAACUAAGACUAGAGUAUUGGAUUCUACAGCGGUAUUGAAUACAGCAACAGAAAGUGGCACUUUGACCAAGCCAAUUGUGUCAAGCACUGCCACUGGUGCCGCUAGCGGUUCCGCCAGGAACAGCGGAGCUGUGUCGCUAACGGGCACAGCCGGUGCGGUAUCGUCAAAUGGAGGUUCAACGGCAUCUCAGUCAUUUGGUGCUACAACCGCUUCUCUAGGGGCAGUUUCGACUGCUGGUAGCAGUGGACAAAACGCUUUCCAGGUGCGUAAUCACGUAGUGGCCUGCUUGCUGGCGCUGUUUGUCUUCUGGAUUUGA